AUGGCACUUGCACUUGAAAUCUCAAAAGAUUGUUUCUUUAUGAGUGCACCCACAAGUCCAAGUGGAUUCAACCUAGAGAGUAAUAUGUUUUUCUAUAGUGCAUCUACUAGUCCUGCCAAAGGGACGUCCAAUGCUACAUAUGAUCGUGAAUCCGAGCCCGCCAAUCCAAAAACAUAUGAAGUUGCAAAUUCCAUUCUGGAUGACUUUGAAUUCGAAACUAGCCGGCGUUUCAACCUCGAUGAUAUUAACUUGGGAGACAGCAUGAGAUUUGAAGAUGCAAUGGAAGAGCAACAGAUGCACCAAAGGCAACAUAAGGAAUCACUUCCUGCCAUGGCAUUUGCCGAUGAGUUAUUUUGUGAUGGUAAGGUCAUGCCACUAAAGCCUCCGCCGUGUCACCGAUACGCUACCGAUGGUAAAUUUGGUAAUCACAGCUCAACUCCGACAUCCCCUGAGUCCCAAAUGUCGAAAAUUAAAAUCCCAUUUCCACGACGGAAUGUGUGGAACGAUGAUUUUGAUCCUUUCAUGGUAGCUUUGAAUACUGUCAAGGGAGAAAAGAUGGGAAAAUGGCAUAAAAACAACCAUAGACGGGCUCGGUCCAUGUCGCCUAUACGAGCCAGCAGUGACUUGAUGGGCUGCAUGCAUCACCAGUGCAAACAAUUGGAUCCUAUCAUGCCAACUCCGUAUAAUCAACUGGAGCUCAAUGGGCUGCCUCCUCGAAUAUGGAUUCCAAAUUUAACAAAAGCUAGUCCAAAAGGCCCAAACACGCUACCUCAGCCGAAAGGAGUUUUGUUUGCAAGAAAAGCUAGACUGGUGAAAAUAGACCCCGAGUGGCCAAGAAAGCCCAAUAAGAUACCUCUUCAAGAGCCCAUGGUAAAGGCUGGAGAGAAUCAUAAAGAAAGCGGAGAGGCUUGUGAGAGAGAAAGCAAGAGGCAGAGAAAGAAAAACUUUCUUCACAGGAGUUUAUUCAUGAGGAGAAGUGAUGAACAUAAUCACAAGCAAGCAGAACAAAUUUUGGAAGUUUCAAAGCCGAAAAUUAAGAGGAAAUUAAGCUUUAAGUCCAUGGGUUUAGUCCCACGCCAUGAAGAGAAAGGGAUGUCUCAAGUAACCAAGGCAACACUAACACAUUAUAAGCCAAAGCUGUCUUUGUGCAUGGGUUAUGGAGCAAAAUAUGUUGAGUGA